ACUUCCGCGGAGCGAGGCAGGGAUUGAAGGAAGGCCAAGUUUGAUUUGGAAUUUUGAUUUGGAUGAUUUGAUUCAUCGCGCUCGCGGGACUGCUGCGGCUGCUGCUCCCUCCUUCCCCUGCUGCUGAUGGUGAUGAUGGUGAUCGUAGUGCAUUGCUGGUAUUGUUGCUUGCUGGCGGAACGGAUGAUGAUGACAUGAGCUCAUGCAGCACAAGCACAAGCACACAGCACAAAGCAGCACUAGUUAGUAGCCAGCCUCUUCAGCACAAAGUAGGCUGUAUGUUUGUACAACCGAUACUUCUACACCUCAUUAUUCAUGGCCCUGUAGCAGCGCCUUCUUCUUCUGCCGUUGAAUUCGCCUCCCUUCCUCUUUCUCCCCACUUUGCUUUGCUGCUGCCACGACUGUGCUCUCAUUGCCUCUUCCUUCGUUUCUUCUUUUGUUAGUGGGUUCUGCGAUGCAACGCGGAUGGUUCUUGAACGGCGUGUGGAGGUAACCUGGGCAGUGGCUGCAACGACGAUGCGUUUGGGUUUUGUGCGUGAUUUGAUGUUGUGGGGGUGUUGUGGUAGAUUCGGGCUUGGUUCCUGUGGAGAGGAAUGCAGUUGGGUAGUCUUGGUUGUGUCUGCCGAGGUUAUUGGUGGCCGAUGUGGUGCAUGUGUUGAAAGCAGUUUUGUGGUGUUGCAGCAUAUAGUUUUGUAGCAUAUGGUGUUGCAGCCUCGUUUUCGUGUCUUUGGUGAGUCCGGCACAAUUGACGAGAGUGGUUUGCUUGUGUCUUGUUUGAAGGGUGUUGCUGUAAUCAGCUUUGGUGGUCUGUGUUCUGGGUCGUUCUUGCGGUUUGGUUUCUUAGUUUUGUGAUGCCUCACGUUAAGCAUCCGCCGCAGACGACCAGCUAUGGGAAGCCAUGAGUCCAGUAUCUCACUCCUCGUGAAGAGCGCUCUGUCUUCAGCUGUUUGGACCCAAUCACACUGUGGUCUGAACUUUGAAACUCCACGUAGUUGUAGCGCUGCACCUCAUUUAAUUUAAUGUAAUUUAUUUUUUACAGCAUUUCUGUUCCCAUGCUCUGUGCUUCGCUCUCGCUCUCUCCCCUUCUUCUCUCUCGCUCCAGUGGGUUGUAAAACUAUGGCAAAUGUCAGCCUUAAUUGUAGAGUUUCGUUUCUGGCGCUACUCCUUGAGGCGAGGAGAUGCGAAACGUGAUUGGUAUGUCUUAGUUUCAGUGAAUGAAAUCAUUUCUACUACUACAUGUAGUUUAAAACAAUUAGGAUAGACUCAGUAUCAAACGCCAUUUCUAUCUUAACUGUGGGCGUAGGAGAAUGGAGUGGUAAUGUUUUAACCUGUCGGCAAACCGGCCGGUAACAAACGUUAGAGUUCACGAACCUGAUGAUUAGCGAAUUGUCUGGUGUCGGUUAACUGCAGAAUGACUCUUUCAUUCUGCAGUUAGAGUUUGGUUUAAAAAUGUGGUACAGAUUCACUUUAUCGAUAGCUGACAAUCAGUACUACACAUAGAACAUCCACACCGGGUGUGACCUUUCUCUGUGCAGACGAAGUGACCGUGCUCAAUUGUGUGAGCUUGUGAGGACAGUCAACCGAUUCAAAAAGCUGGGUGCUCAUGUUUUUCAAGUCAUGGAAGAGUCCUUUGAACUGAAAGAUGGCUACGAGUGCCAUGGAAAAACUCUUUCGGAACACGCUCGACCGCAUGGGCUUUAAGUUCACUUCACUUCACAAAACAAACUGAGUUCGUGCAACUGCAUACGAGACUUCAGAGACAUGAUUGAAUAUUGUGACGAGACUUCAGAGACAUGAUUGAAAAUUGUGCGCCUAAUUGUGUUAGGAUAUAGAAGAUAUAUAAUACAAACUAUUUCCAGGUUAUUAGAUGAGAAGGUUUCUAGUAUAGAACUUCCAUUAACCGUUCCGUGUUGAAAAUCUGGCCCUAUCAGUUAUUGUUUUUAUAACGAUGUAGAAGGUGAGUCUCUUUUGCUUAUUGGCUUGACAGCAAGGGGAGGAAUGUCUGCCUUGGCCCAAGAAUAUUUCGCUGCUGUGAGGCAUUUCUUCAUUUAGUAUGAUGAGAUCGGGGGUCUGCACGGCUACCUAGCCGUUUUUUGUUUAUCAGUCUGUUUAGUCUUGAAGGAAAAAAGGCUAACUAGAUGGGUAAGCAAACUGAGCAAAGUCCUCCAGAGGCGAAAAAUUUGUUGAGCAAUCAGAAAUCUCCACGGAGUCCGAAGUACGGCCCAAAAUCAGUGUUCAAACUCGACAGGUUUGAAAGCCCAAGGGGUUCACUGACGAAGUCCAACGAUAGUCCACGGCUGUCUGUAGCUUUCAGCAGUAGCAGUGCUAACAACAUCAGUCCAAACGGUGCCAAACAGGCUAGUACUGUUUCCAAACAGCUGGACUUCAGUUCCCCUGGAAGCGUCUCUUCUAAGAAUGGAACAAAAACGAGUCCAAAAUGCGCUGCACCAAGGCUUGUUUUGGACACUGUCAAUAGUGCAAGUCUCAAUAGCAGCAGGAGAUUCUCUCACAACGGCCCUGGUGAUACCGAGUCAGUUGCGGAUUUUCCAUGUAGUUCCAUCACUAUCGAUGAGCUUCGACAGAUUGAGCAGAUUCUACAGGCCUCAAGUACCAGGCUGGAGGAGCUCUACAAGAAGGUUUCAGAGACUUUAUUCAAAGACCAUAGUGCUGUUUUUGAAAGCUUGCAGUGGGACAUUCUCAAAGAAACUGGUUACAUCAGCUGGUUUGAGUUGGCCCUCACACUCGCAGGAUUCCUCAGUUCUCACUGCAUUGAAGAGGAGGGCUUGGUCGAUAAAAAGAGCAAGUGGGCUUUGCUGAAAUCAAAGUCAGAUUGUAUAUUCGAGCAAUUGGAUGAACUUAAAACAAACUUGGAGUCGGACAGUGAUAUCUACAAGCUGGCAGCUGGCACACUUGUCUACUGCUGUUCAGUCGUCCGACAUUUGGAGCAAAAGUCUCAAAAGUGUGGGUGUUUUGGUCCACGAUCAGAUGUUUAUUUCAACGAGCAAAUUGAGAAGACCACGCAGGAACUUAAAGGUUUGCAAGACAAUCUGAAUUUUGCAACUCUGGCAGCGGUGGGCAAUCGUGUCUCGCAACCGAUUGCAAGGUCACCCAGAAUCGUCAUGAGAAGACCAGAGCAAGUUCCUUCUAUUGUUGGAUUGGAGCCGCACAUUAGUCAUAUAGCCGAAUAUAUGAAGAAGAACGGAGUCUGUUUAAUUGGAAUAUAUGGACAAUCAGGGAUUGGUAAGACAACAUUGUUGAAUGAAAUUGUAUCCAAAGUCGAAGCAUCUGAGAAACGAUUGUUUGCUUACAUUGAACUCAAUGAGGAUGUCCGGAGGUUGCAGUCUUCCUUGUUAUUACAGCUGGGGGGUGGGCGGAAAGAGUUCUCAAAUUCUGCUCAAGGGCGUAAUGCAAUCCUCUACCAGCUCCAGAAACUCAAACAGCAAAGUAAGGCCGUCCGGAUCGCAAUAGACAAUCUCUAUGAUGUGAGAUUGGUCGGAGAGCUAUUCCCUCAUAGUCUAUGGAAGGUGCUGUCGAAUCAAAGCUCCGUAUUGAUCACUUGUUCUUCUUUAUCAAUUUUAGCGAAAGUGGACCAAUUAUGUCGGACUGCUAUUCCUGCCUACAACUAUUUGCCUUACAAGUUUCCGCACAUGACGGCUGAACAUGCGAAGGCCUUGUUUAUAUCUUAUGCUGCAUCGGAGCCUGUCAAGUCGCUGUCUUCAAUGAAUGGGGUGUUCGCCAAAUAUGGUGACCUGGCAGAAAAUUUUCUGCCUCUAUGUGAGGGUCUUCCCAUAGCUGUGAAAGUGGUGGGCUCGUAUUUCGCUACACCAGCUAAUCGAACUGAGGAAAAUUGUUCAACAAUUAUCAAGCGCAUGAAACAGGCCGAAGAGGAGAUGGACACUUCCGAGGACCAGAUGUGUGCCAAGCUGAUGGUGAUCUAUGAGAAGUUGGACCUUGAUCAGAAGGAAGCUUUCUUGGAUAUUGCUGCAUUCUGCCGGUAUUGGGACUGGAGAACAGUUGAGCGAAUCGUCGGGAAGGCUCAAUUAGACACACUGGUGGAUCUUGGUCUUGUGCAUGCGAAAUUGAGGGACACUGACAGCUUUGCAGGAAUUGCUCAUUUAACUCGAUACUCUGAGCAUCCCUGGAGGACAGAUAUGGUUAUGAUGCAUGACUUGCUUUACACCAUUGCUUGUCGGCGCACACAGGGCAACCGCGUGCAUUCUGAGGAUCAAGCCCAUCUGCCUGAUAGGCUUUUGAUGGACAGCCCUGGCUCAGAAUUAAGCCAAAUUCAAGGUCUAUCUCUCAUAAGCUGCAAAGAGGCCCUGCAGGGUACCAUGUUGGAGAAGAUGCUGAACGUUCGAACAAUCAUACUUCAUGAUGUAAAUAUAAAAGGAUUCUGCACCAAGAACUUGAACCAACUGCAGGUUUUCUACUGGGGCAAAAGCCAAAUCGCAAGAGAUGUACGCAUACCUUUUCAGUUGUGCAAGAUGCGGAAGCUGGAAAUGGUUAUUCUCCGUGCUACUGAGAUCGACCUUGGCAUUAAGUUCCCUUCUCAGCUCAGAGACCUUACCAUCUCUGGGUGCAACAAUAUGGAUGAGCUGCCCGAGACAAUUCUCGUUCUUACGAGCUUAUUGGAGUUGCAUCUCAUUAGUUGCAACAAACUCCAAGACUUAACUAUUGGGUUCGGCAGUCUGAAAUCCUUGUGCCGCUUCCGUCUCGAGAACUGCCUCAGCAUUCGGCAACUUCCUAAAGCGAUUGGUCAGCUCACGAACCUUCAGGAGAUGGACCUUUCGGGAUGCACAAAUAUCACCACUUUACCAUCUGAAAUCGGCAACCUUCUUGGGCUACAGAAACUGAACCUGUCGCGAUGUAAAUGUUUGAUCAGAGUACCCGUGGAGCUUGGUUCGCUCACAAAGCUGACUACUUUUAAUCUUAGCCAGUCUGGAAUCACCACAUUACCUCAAGAGAUCGGAAAGUUGAGAAACUUAGAGUCGCUCUUCCUCUUUGGAUGUUCCAGGCUGGAGAAGCUACCUAAGGAUAUAGGAAAACUUUCAUCUCUUCUUCAACUACACUUGGGAUCAUGCACUAGUCUAAAGGAGAUUCCUCGUGAAAUUGGAAAAUUGGAAUCCCUUCAAAAACUAUCCCUCAACUCCUGUACUUCCUUAGUCCGUCUUCCGGAAGAGGUUUUCCACAUCGUUACCCUUCAGGCGCUCGACUUGGACCACUGUAAGCUUCUGGCUCACUUAUCUUCAGAAAUUCGGAACCUUAAGUCGCUUCAACGGCUGUCCCUGAACUGCUGUACAAGACUCAAUAGGCUGCCUCUUGAGAUUGCCAGUCUUCCAUCUUUGGAGGUUCUCAACUUGGUUGGAUGCACUGGACUCAAACCCGAACUUCCCAAGGAUUUGCGGAAAAUGACGAAAGAAAACUCGGUGAAGGUGCACAGGGAUGACGAUCUGGUCAUUCUGGAAGGACCCAAGAACCCCAGUUUCAAACUUUAUAGCAUGGCAUACUGAGCUACGUAAGUGUAAUACAGCGUGCUCAGACCCCCAGGACGUACUCGGUCGAAAACUUGUCUACUUCAACUUCGAGUAGAGACCGGUUGCUUUUGAACAGGCAUACUUGGCGUAGUUUUUGGUUGGACGUUGAACAUUUUGGAGUAACAGCAUUCACAGCUCUCCGAUGCGCACGAUCACUUUGGCCGAAAACUAGGCGAACAGAGGGUGGAACCUAACACGCCCAUGCUCCUGAUGAAUCACCCAUCAGUGUGUGUAGCGUGAAGAAGGUUUUAAGGGUUUGUAAUUUUACUUCGGUGUUAGGAUUUUAGGGUCAUCAGGUAACUCCAAAGAGUUAAGAAUUCUUUGGUGAAACUAGAAGGUGUUUUUCUCUAUUUUUUUGUUCUGAAAGGUAGUUUGUGCAGUGGCGCUUUCCAGACCGUUACGGCGUUUGGAUUUGAACUGAAUCUUAACAUGGCCGAGCUUGUGUGUUGAUACGUCAUGGAAAAAGCGGUUUCAUUAGAGUUUGAAAGUUUCCAAAGACCUGAAGGCUACAGAAUCCUGCAUAAACACAAGUUCCACGCAGUUCAUCUCUAGUUUAUUUUGUUUAUUUUAUUGUGACAUUUGAGUUGUAAAACAGGUGUCGGAAGUUGCUGUGCAUAGAGCUUCAAAACGACGCAAGGUUCCUGCCCACGCACUAUCCUAAUCAUGUAUGCACCAUGUGUUCAUACAAGAUACUGAAGACUGAACGAUGAAAAUUUCGCAACACCA